UUUCUCCCACCACGCUCAGCCGGGCUCAGCAUGGUGGACCUCACAACUCUGGUCAAGGCCGAGAAGACAACUUCAAGUGAGUUUAUAAACCUGCGGCGGCUCUUUGAAGGCUGCGGAGAAAUACGCGCGAUCCAUGCUUCUGGCUUUGUUGAAUUCGCAGAUGCAAGGAGUGCUGAGCGUGCUAUAGCCCUCAACAUUAAUGGGGUUCGUGUGUUCCAAGUAGCUUCUUCGUCGCGAUUGGUGGAGCAAUAUCGCAAAGUCAACCCCUCUGCAUUUGCCGAGUCUUCUCGACAACACCCCGCCGACGAAAAGUCGAGACGCGCACCCGCCUCUACCAACACCAUAUUCCGCAGCCUUAAAACGACCCAAAAACCAGUGUCGUCUCAUACUCCCCCCCAACCCAGCACUCCUGUUGCAUCUCCGUCCUCAGUUAUCGCGCCUAAGGCCUCACAAAAUCGUAUAUUAAUCCGUCUCUGUGGCGAAAUUGUUACUCUAGAUCUUACUUCGCUUCCCAGCGAGAAUCCGACGACAGUAAUCGAACUACUUAAUGCAACGCACGAUCGCGGUAAUUGGCUCAUCGUCGCGGCAUAUUACCGUCGCACGGGCAACCCGAAAGGUGCAAAAGAAGUAAUGACUGCUAUGCUUGAUGCUUUGAAAGAGCUUAAUAUUCCCGAAAAUGAUCUGAAGCCUGCCUUUCUGCUUCUCUCAGGAUGUGAAACAGAUCUGGCAAAAAUAGAAAAGCUCAAGGGCGAUUCCAAACAGGCUUCGGAGCAUUACAGUAAGGGCGAAAAGUGGCUUCGCAAGGUUUAUGGCGAAAACCUGCCACCGUUCUCCCAGGAGUCCAAUGGUGUCAGUGCCCUCAACAAUCCGGUCAUUCGCCCGCCUGGACCCGAUUACCAAAAAAAUGGAACGCGAGUUGCAAUCUUUGCGAGACCGAAAUGCGCAUAA